UGAACAAAGUAAUUAGAUAUUUCCAUAUCAUCAUCAUCAUCACUUUCGUACAACCUCAGAUUGUCACAGGAUUCAAUCGUUCCAUUUUAUUCAACCAAAAAAAACACAUAGAUAGAUCACACCCACACCCAGAUUCCUAAACAACAAAUCCUCCACCACUUAACCAACAAAUCAUCAUCAAUCUUCGUCCUUGCUGAAUAUUAAUAAUCAUAAUAAUGACGUCCUCAUCCGUCAUGUUAAUCUUCAUCAUGUUUAUCUCCUCCAUGUGCACAUCGUCAGCGUCGUUUUCACCGAUAUGUUAUCCGCAAAUUAACCCAUUUGUUCUCGAUCUACAGCUCCAGUGCCCUAACGAAAUCGUAUCUUGCUCGCCGAUCGAGAUGGAUGGGGAGUCUCUUGAUAAUCUUUUGAGCUUCUCUAAGACGAAUGCGUAUACAGCCAUAUUGUUCUACGCUUCCUGGUGUCCGUUUUCUGAGAUUGUGCAGCCCAAAUUUGAUGCACUUGCUUUAAUGUAUCCACAAAUUAAGCAUGUGAAGGUUGAACAAUCUUCAGCCCUCCCAAGUCUUUUCUCGAGACAUGGAAUUCAUAGUGUCCCGUCAAUUGUGAUAGCAAACAAAACGGCCCGAGUUCAUUAUCAUGGUCCAAAAGAUUUACAAUCCCUGUUAGAAUUCUACAAAAUAACUACUGGACUCAAGCAUGCGAUGAACAUCACGGAACAUGACGUUCGACACGAUUCUUCUUCAGAAAACAGUCCCCGAGCUCUACGUUCAUUAAAGGAUGAACCCUAUCUGGUGUUUUCGGUAUUGUUCGUCUUAUUAAAGGCGUUGUUAUUUUUAUGUCCCGACAUUGUAUCCAAUGUGAUAGCUUUGUGGGUAACAUACAUUCCUCGGUUGAAUCUAGCCAUCUUCGGGGAAUCAAAACAGCUUUUGACUCACGCGCUUCAUCUGUUUGAUGUGAAGUCUGUGUUUGGUAAGCUUAAGCUUAGCAAAAGUAGGAAGUUUCAUAACGGUGCAAGAAGUGCUCGUGUUUUGGCGUCAUCGUUGGCGUCUGUGUCUUUGGGUGAGUCAUCAUCAUCUUCUGCAAGAGAAUGAAGGUGGGUAUAGUGGUUAAUUUGUAGGGUAUAAAUGCACAAUGAUAACCCUUUACUUGUUUCUCUAUAAAAGAUUUGAAUGAGAUGAACAACUUUUGUAAUAUAUUAUGUUUUUGUCUUUUGUGUUCUUAUUUUUUA